UUUCUCUCUGUGGGCUCCAGGUAGCUCCAUAUACGGAUUGGAGAGGCACUUUGCAGCCCCUCUGGCACUGAAUCUUGCUAGGGCGCACAGAGGGGCAGUGCCAUGUACGCUCCUGACAAACGCAUGCUCCUGAACGAAGAGAACCAGACUUUGGUGUUCACUGUCACCACUGACCUAAUGAUGGGAACGUCUGGAAACAGCACCGACCACCAUAACGGAUCAGAUCCGUUUGCAAGGAACGAGGAGGUGGCUCAAAUAGAGAUAAUGGUUCUGAGCAUCACCUUCGUGGUUGCUGUGAUUGGGAACGUAAGCGUCCUGCUGGCCAUGUACAACACAAAGAAGAAGAUGUCGCGAAUGCACCUUUUCAUCAAACACCUGAGCCUGGCCGAUCUGGUGGUUGCUUUCUUCCAGGUGCUGCCACAGCUGUGCUGGGAAAUCACCUUCCGCUUCUACGGCCCAGACUUUCUCUGCAGGAUUGUGAAGCACCUCCAGGUGAUGGGAAUGUUUGCUUCCACCUACAUGAUGGUGAUGAUGACCCUGGAUCGUUACAUUGCCAUCUGCCACCCUCUGAAAACCCUACAGCAGUCCACACGACGCUCGUACAUCAUGAUCAUCUCCACGUGGAUUUGCAGCCUGGUGCUCAGCUGUUCACAGUACUUCAUCUUCUCCCUGAGCGAGAUCCAGAACGGCUCGGGCGUCUACGACUGCUGGGCGCGCUUUAUCGAGCCCUGGGGCGCCAGGGCGUACAUUACCUGGAUAACCGUGGGCAUCUUUCUCGUGCCCGUGGUCAUUCUAAUGAUGUGCUACGGGUUCAUCUGCCACAGUAUUUGGAAGAAUAUUAAAUACAAGAAAAGAAAAACGACGGCUGGUGCUGCAAGCAGGAACGGACUGAUUGGAAAGAACUCGGUCAGCAGCGUUACAACUAUCUCAAGAGCCAAACUGAGAACCGUUAAAAUGACUUUUGUGAUCGUUCUGGCGUACAUUAUUUGCUGGGCACCGUUUUUCAUCGUGCAGAUGUGGUCUGUGUGGGAUGAAAACUUCCAGUGGGAUGAUUCAGAGAACACAGCAGUGUCUCUGUCUGCACUCCUUGCCAGUCUCAACAGCUGCUGUAACCCGUGGAUAUACAUGAUCUUCAGCGGCCACCUCCUCCAGGAUUUUGUGCAGUGCUUCUCGUGUUGCCGCAAAGUCAACACCGACUUCAAGAAAGAAGAUUCAGAUAGUAGCCUCCGCAGAACGACUUUGCUGACUAAGAUGACCAAUCGGAGCCCAACAGGUAGUACCGGCUACUGGAGAGAGCUGGAUAAUUCCUCCAAGUCCUCUAUUCAAGCAGAGUAAACACAUGUUUGGCAGUGGCACCAAAUGGCAUGAAUGACAGGAACUGCAAUUUCUGAAAAUUAUACAGAGAAUCAAGCUUUUUUUUUAGUGUGAAAAAAAACAUGAAGCAGGGUGAUGCGAGGUUCACAGAAGCAGAAAAUAUGGACACAUUAGGGAACGUGCAUACAUCUUCUUUCUUUCUUUAGAUAACCUCAGCAGAAACGUUAGAAAAAUAAUGAGAAAAAAGCGUGCACAGGCUUUAAGUUGUUCUCUUAAAUGUAAUCAUAAAUCUUCAAUAUUCAGUGUUUUGCAGAUUCCUGCAUGAGUUCUUCUGAGUGUUUUCUUUCUUUUUUUUCUUUAGCGAGAACCUUUUUUUCCAGGAAUCCUGAUGCUUUCAAAGGUUGUUGUGCCUCCCCGCAGUGCUGCCGAACACCCUUUCCUGUUAAAGUGUUUACAAAGAUAAAACCCAUAUAGCAGCCGAGAUGUGUGUAGUGAUGGUGAAAACGACUCUUCCAGACCACUCGUCUCCAAGUAACCAAGGCAGUCACCUCAUCCUUUGUGUUUAGCUUUCCAUUUUUCUUGUUUUUCUUAGAACCACAUUUUAGUGGCUUGUAAAUUUGAUUCGAACCUUUUGCUUUGACCUGAGGGAAAAAAAGUAAAAUAAAAUAUAAAAAAAGGGAAGCAUGUGGAGUUACAUUUAUCAACCAGAUUUUUGUGGUUAUGUGCACUUUUAUGAUUUGUUGAAGGAAUUGUUUCACGUUGCACAAGACAGUCCUAAAUUUGAUGGCUUUCAUUUCUGCUCAGCAUUGGUAAAUGAGAUCUCCUUCAAGUUUUAUGGACACACACACACACACGCACACAUACACUCACAGAUAGAAAGCAGGGGGCUCUGAUGAAGUGAGACUGACCACUGCUGGAUAAGUCAGCCCACCUUCUCACAAACUGUUCCCAUGUCUUUCAUAAAAUCUUGGGAAGAAGCUCACACAUUCCACACACAACACGUCAGCACACUUCCUGAUUUUCCUCGGACAUCCUGCACCACUGGAGGUUCUGUGUUUUGGCUUCAUUUGCACUCAUGAUAAACAAUUUCCUGGAAAUCAAUGUGAUAUGUGACACCGUAAUGGUUGUCGGAUUAAAAUUAAUCCCCCCCACCCCCAAAAAAGCUAUAUUGAAUCAAGAUUGUACAUAGAUGUUGUGUAUAUAUGUGUGCACUGUGUAUCAAAGUAUGUAAAUAUCAAUUCAAAUGUUGCAUAUUUGUAUAUUAAAAGCACUUAAAUGUCUGUAAAUAGGAGUAAUAUAUGUAAAUCUAUUGGGCAUGAGUUGCUGGUCUGUAAUGGCUUGUGCAAAUCUUUAAGAAGUAACUUACUGUAACACCUUAUGUUGAAAUAUACACGCCAAUGUACUAAAUAUUACGUUGUCUUUGUUCCUGUUUUUACUACAUGGAACAUUUCAUAGUUUGUGCUUCAUGAAGCUGGUGCACAACCACGGAAAUUUAUGUGUGUUAUUUCUGUUGAAAAUGAAGUGCUUUGUGAAGUCAUGUCUCUUGCCAAUCUAAGCACUUGAAGCUUGCCAAGCUCUGGGAUUAUGCAACUGCUUGACCUUUCAAUUGAAAACGUGUGAAUGGGAAAUUCUGCUAAUGAGCAGCCUUUUGUCAACAUGUUGUCCACCCCCAUACUGAUGGAUAAUAUAUGUCCCAAUAGAACGAAUAGCACCUUGUAAUAAAGUGAUAAAUCAUUGCAUUAAAAGGUCAUUUUACCGAU